AUGGCUGCGCGCGACACGGUGUCGCUGCCGAACGGCCUGUUGCCUUCUGCCUUGUGGGAAUUCCCAAGCGAGGUGCAGUGGGACGUACUGCGGCAACUCAUUGGAGCACUGGAGUCCGCGCUCGAGGUGAAUGCACGGGCACCGCCUGGCGGCGAUACCGACGGCCUGUCGUGUCACGAGCGGGACCUUCUGGCAGAGGAACUCGCGUGGCUGCAGCGCCAGCUUCCCCGCAUCCACCACGACACGGCGAUGCACGAGAGGCCACUGAAGCUCUCCAAUCGCAUUAGCGUGACCGCUCAGGUCGGGCACAGAACCCGCUUUGAUGGCAUGCACACGCCAUCGUCGAGUCUGAACGGGAUCUCGCCCUGUAGCCUUUCUCACACUGACCAGCAGCGCGGCGUGCGGAGCGAAAUGGCGCCGCAACCCGCCGGAAUGCGUGUUACUUCGUCCGCUACGUCUACUGGGUCAAGAACGAAACCGCCACCACCACAGCAGCUAGAGGAAGAGCAGGAGAAACGGGAGGCCAUCCCAGGCGGAGAGCGGCGUCGCGAGGCGCUGGACCAGAUGAUGGAACGUGCACUGGCCGCACGAGUGCAGAAAGGCCACCUCAGCCCGGGUCUGCCAGCAGAUAAAGGCGAAGCGCUACCUGAAAACCGAGGCAGCGAUGGCGCUAAGGAUUCCUGGCCGGCAGAACCAAUCAUAUCAGCAGUACCCUCCAACGCAAAGGACACGGACAAUAUUCUUUUGCGCUAUUUUGAGGGACGACUAAAGGAUCUGCCACCAUUCAAGCUUCUUCCCAUGGAGGUCAUGACAAGUGGGGGCAAAGACAGCAACGCCUUGCAGCUACUGCAGGGCGCCUCGACCGCGCUGCAGGGCCCGCGUGACGCCACCAGAAACACAAACAGCCCCAAUGUAAUGGGUGUGCCGACGGGUAUGACGCUUGUGGCGGCCGAUGCCGUUGAUACCGCCACCAUAGACACAGCGAGUCUGCUGGAACGUCUGCGCGAGGAGCAGCGGCGCCGCAUCGAGGCAGAGGACGCGUUGCGCGAGAGCCACCAGCGAAUCGCCGCACUCGAGAAGGUAACGGACCACGUGUCGGAGCUGGCGAUUCACCUCAAUUCGGCGGUGGCGCGGCAGCUGCUCGCGAUGCAGCAGCUCCUACGCGCGGCGACACAGAGCUGUGUGGAGAUCACGAUGCAGAAGUCGCUCCUGUUCUCGGAGGAAAUGACGGCGUUGAUGCGGCAGACGCAGCGCCACGUGUACGGUGUGCACGCGCUGCCCCCAUGGAGUAAAGCAGGCGGUGGUCCAAUGGCAGCCCGCGCUAUCUCACACGUCCCAUCCGUACCCCUGCGUGCUGAGGAGCAGGCAUCGCCGGCGCCCUCCACGGCACGUGCGCCGUCCUAUCCGUUCCCCACGUCGCUGCAGCUCGUGCCGCUGAAGAGCAGCAGCUGCAGCGCCGCAAGCCCGUUGCAGUAG